AUGGAUCGAGUUGAUGGAUAUAACGUCUACAUUGGCAGUCUCUUUGCUCUUCGAAACCAGGACGCCCUGAAAGAGGCCAACAUCACGCAUGUCAUCUCUGUCGUGGGGCCAAAGGAGCGGCCAUCGGCGAUUAGCAGCCUGCAGACCUACGACGGCAUCCGGGGACAUCUUACCCUAGACCUCCUCGACCAGGACAAGGAGAACAUCAUCCAGCAUUUUCCGCAGGCUGUUCGGUUCAUGGAGGCGGCCAUUGCCGAUGGCGGCGCUGUCUUGGUCCACUGGUUAGAUACCAUAUACCCGCUACUACCCCUGGAAGAUACCUGCAUAUGCAAUAUUUCUGACCCUGAGUUAUAG